UUAAUGCUGCAUUUUUAUAAUGGUUUUUUUGGGUUUAUUUGUAUAUUUUAUUAUUUAAAAUAUAUAUCAUUUUGAGUAGUAAAAACACGUUUUUCUGGUCAUUCUUGUCUUAAAAUCAGAAGUAGAAGAUUUCCCUUUUUUUCAAUUUCAGGCGCCCUGAAAUACUACAUUCCUAUUGGCUGAGUUGCCUGCUUGUCUAAAAAUGGCGUGCGUUGAUUGGUUGGAACUUUUAAAGCCCAUCUUCUUCGUACCUGUCGAUCUGUGACAGGCCAGAGGAACUCCACGUCGCUCCGCCCACCGCCGCCCUCCCGCCCCUUUCCAUCGGCGUUCAAUCGUGAGGCUGAUUGACCGCUGCAGCUCUCCCGUGUGGCCCGUGAGAAGGCAGAUAUGGAUGGAACGACCGCGGUUCUGAAUUAAAAUCCUCUUAAACACACACCCGGGAGCCCUCCGAGACCGGAAUCCUGCACAGAGACCGCCGGCGGGGAUUUUACGACAGUACGGAGCGGAGGGAGACACGGGAGCGUGGCAGGAGGGACGCGCGAGCUCAACCGACCGACAGUGCACGCAGAAAUGGCGGAGCACCACGCAGCCAGCGACGGCAAGCACAAAGCGUCCGGCAGUGCGAGCGGCGCCGUGCACGGGGGCAGCCGACCCGGCGCCGCCGCCGGUGGUGGCGGUGCGGGCAAAGGAGGCCUGUCUGGCGGACUCACCCAGCCGGCGGGGUGGCAGUCUCUUCUGUCGUUCAGCAUUCUUUUUCUGGCCUGCCUCGCGGGAUUCAGCUCCAGACUUUUCGCGGUCAUCCGGUUUGAGAGCAUCAUCCACGAGUUUGAUCCAUGGUUCAACUACAGAUCAACACACCAUCUCGCCAGUAAUGGCUUCUACGAGUUCCUCAACUGGUUUGAUGAGAGAGCCUGGUACCCCUUAGGCAGGAUUGUUGGUGGCACGGUAUACCCCGGCCUCAUGGUGACCGCCGGCCUUAUCCACUAUAUGCUGAACUUCCUCCACAUCACCGUCCACAUUCGGGACGUCUGUGUGUUCCUCGCUCCGGUCUUCAGUGGACUGACAGCCAUCUCCACCUUCCUGCUGACACGGGAGCUGUGGAACCAGGGAGCAGGGCUGCUGGCAGCCUGCUUUAUCGCCAUCGUGCCGGGAUACAUCUCGCGCUCCGUGGCGGGUUCCUUUGACAACGAGGGAAUCGCCAUCUUUGCUCUGCAAUUUACUUACUACCUUUGGGUGAAAUCGGUGAAGACGGGCUCCGUGUUCUGGACCAUCGGCUGCUGUCUUUCCUACUUCUACAUGGUGUCGGCGUGGGGAGGAUACGUGUUCAUCAUCAACCUCAUUCCUCUGCAUGUGUUCGUGCUGCUGCUAAUGCAACGCUACAGCAGGAGGGUCUACAUCGCUUACAGCACUUUCUACAUCGUGGGCCUCGUACUGUCGAUGCAGGUCCCCUUUGUUGGCUUCCAGCCAAUCAGGACCAGCGAGCACAUGGCUGCUGCCGGUGUGUUUGCUCUCCUCCAAGCCUACGCCUUCUUGCAGUACCUGAAAGACAGGCUGACCCGACAGGAGUUCCAGACGCUCUUCUUCCUCGGCGUCUCUCUUGCAGCCUGCGUCGUCUUCCUCACAGUGAUUUAUCUCACCUACACAGGGUACAUCGCUCCGUGGAGUGGCCGUUUCUACUCGCUCUGGGACACCGGUUAUGCAAAGAUCCACAUCCCCAUCAUCGCCUCCGUCUCCGAGCACCAGCCGACCACCUGGGUCUCCUUCUUCUUUGACCUCCACAUCCUGGUCUGCACUUUCCCAGCAGGCCUCUGGUUCUGCAUCAAGAACAUCAACGACGAGCGCGUGUUCGGCCGGGAAGGUGCGGAAGCACGUGUCGGAGCAGGAGAAGGCCGAGGAGGGCCUGGGCCCCAACAUCAAGUCCAUCGUCACCAUGCUGAUGCUCAUGCUGCUGAUGAUGUUCGCCGUCCACUGCACCUGGGUCACCAGCAACGCCUACUCCAGCCCCAGCGUGGUGCUGGCGUCCUACAACCACGACGGGACCAGGAACAUCCUGGACGACUUCAGGGAGGCCUACUAUUGGCUGAGGCAGAACACGGACGAGCACGCCCGCGUCAUGUCCUGGUGGGACUACGGCUACCAAAUCGCCGGCAUGGCCAACAGAACCACGCUGGUGGACAACAACACCUGGAACAACAGCCACAUCGCGCUGGUGGGAAAGGCCAUGUCGUCCAAUGAGAGCGCGGCGUACCGGAUCAUGCAGUCGCUGGACGUGGACUAUGUUCUGAUCAUCUUCGGGGGCGUCAUCGGUUACUCCGGAGACGACAUCAACAAAUUCCUGUGGAUGGUGAGGAUCGCGGAGGGCGAGCAUCCCAAAGAGAUCCGGGAGAGCGACUACUUCACUCCUCAGGGAGAGUUCCGGGUGGACAAGGCCGGAUCUCCCACGCUGCUCAACUGCCUCAUGUACAAGAUGUCCUACUAUCGAUUUGGAGAAAUGCAGCUGGACUUCAGGACGCCCCCCGGCUUCGACCGCACCCGCAACGCCGAGAUCGGCAACAAGGACAUCAAGUUCAAGCACCUGGAGGAGGCCUUCACCUCUGAGCACUGGCUGGUUCGCAUUUACAAGGUGAAGGAUCUGGAUAACCGAGAGCCGCUCGACCACAAGCUCCGCAGCGUGACGCCCCGGCAGAAGUACACCUCCAAAAAGACCGCCAAGAGGAAGCGAGGGCAGAUCAAGAACAAGCUGGUCCUGAAGAAGGGCAAGAAAGCCCCCAAAAACCAACAGUGAUGCACUCGAACGGACGACCAGGAACCUCCAGCCAGCGAUGAAGAAGUCCGGGGUGGGGGGGGCGCUCGCCUUGCACUUAGGCGCUCCUCGUCAGAGCGCCACCGUGUGUUGGGGAAGCGUGGUAUCCGGCUCGCUCCAGAAUAUCCGUUUUAUCCUGAAGACGUCUGUCUUGCUUUUCUCUCCCGUCUGUUUGUUUUUGUUUUUUACUUGAAUGUGAGGCAUAGGGCUGCUCGGCGCGGGUC